AUGUCGCUUGGGUGCUUGCGUGCUUACUUGCAUACCCUCAACACCAACCAAGCCUCUAGCCCACUCAAGACAAAAAAGGCCCUUAGCGACGACCCGAAUUAUCCUCGUAACCACCACCACCACUCGACUCGUCUACCCACUGCGCUUACCCCCACGGAUGUCGCCCUUUAA